AUGGCCACUGUAGCGCAGCCCGCCUCCAUCUCCAACGGGACCUAUGUGCAAGAAAGCGACCAGCAUACCGAACAUGGCCCUCCGCGUUUCACUGCUGUCAACGGCAAAGACACAACCGUGCACAACUCCAACGCGGCAGCUUCCACCGCCAGCCCACCACAGAGUAACGAGAAUACCGCCAUAGGAGGAGGGGUCAACGGCAACACAAAUGGCUCAAGACAAGCAGAAAGCCAACGCGAACUGUUGAAUGCAAGCGCAGAACAAGUCGACAUGUAUGUUCCUCAGGAAUCAUCACCUCAGACGACGCCAAAUGGAGGAAACAAGAAUAAACGAAAGCGCUCCGAGUCUCUCGAACGCCAAUCGCAACAACAGGACCUACCAAGUGAUGCCCAGGCAAUUUCUGCGCGCUCUUCGGAGCUGGGUUCGGAACCGCCAAUGCAGUCAGAAUCCUCCAACGGUGCCAAAUUAUUUUCCGCAGGCCACGAGUAUUCGGGACAGUCCUCCACCGGCGGCUAUAUGCAUGCAGAGAUGAAGGAUGCACAGGCGAUCAACGGAACAGGCGGAUCUUGGCAGGAUUACGACUCUCAUCUGAUUAGUCAAGCCCAGAAGGCCCAGAAUCUAGAUACCUCUGAUGCUCAACUAGUGGAAGCGCUUCAGAGAGAAACUCAUUCGGCCGACUCAAUAGAGCAGAAACCAUGGCCCACGGGUCCGCCGUCCGUUACGGGCGAGUCCAUGUCGCCUUACACGCAAGAAAAGUCACAGUCAACUGUUCAGGUUGGGCCAAAGAGGAAGCGGGUAUUCAGCAAUCGGACCAAGACUGGAUGUCUGACCUGUCGGAGGAGGAAGAAAAAGUGUGACGAACAGCAUCCCGCAUGUAACAAUUGUAUACGUGGUGGAUUUGUUUGCGAGGGUUACUCUUCCAGGAGUACAUGGCAGAAACCAUCAAGCAGCAAGGGUCCGGUACCUUUGCAAUCCAAGGAUGGAUACUCCGAAGCAGMCAAUCAGUAUCUGCAAGACGUUAACGCUCGCCAUCACGAGCGAAUUCAAACCACCGCGCAACAGGCUGAAGUCAACAAAGUUAGGCCGGUUGUCGUUGAGGAUGACAAUGCCGCCGCGCAGUACCUAGGCACGCCAACGAAUGUUUCAGGAAGUCGGAACGCUUGGCCCAAAAGAGGCUGGCCAAGCGCAUCACAUCCUCCUUACAUGGCCGAGCACAUGGCAAAAUCUACCGAUUACCGAGAAGUGCCUCCGAUCCAUGAACUUUCCCGCGAGGGCCAACCAAAGGCUGAAUAUCAUGUCGUGCCGUCUAUUCGUGAGCUCUCGCAACAAGGCCCGCAUCCGAAACCUGGCAUGCCCAUGUUUCAAGGACCUGUCGAUCAAAGACCUCCACAUCCUAGCACCAUCGACACUAGUAGUCCACAGGCUCAAGCACGACUUGCUUUGAGCAUUGAGCAUCAAUUAUCGGCACGCCAUAAUACAGGCGAGGACACAGAGAGAGAGAAGAUGAUUCAUGGUGAGCUAUAUCGUCCUUUUGACAUGCAAUUAGUGGAAGACCGUGACCGUUGCAAGUCCGCACUGUGGCGAUUCAACAAUGCUUGUAAUCCACUAUCUGGAGUGAGUUCCAAGGAGCAAAAUCGUUUGCUAAGGGAGAUUAUCAUACCUGCUGCAGCGACUACGCCAUCUGGAUCUCCUGCGCCGCGGCCUAUGGGUUCGAUCGGCCAAGGUGCGGUUGUCGAGGCUCCUUUUCGCUGUCAUUACGGCUUUAACAUACACAUCGGGGAAGAUGUGAUGAUCUCCGAGAACUGCUCUAUGGUUGACGAUUGUCCAAUCAAUAUCGGUGCCCACACGUGGAUUGGUCCCAAUGUCACUAUUCUUGGCUCAAUGGCCCAUGCCAAUAUGCAGGAGCGCAAAGGCUCGCAGAGCAGAUAUCAGGGCCGCCCCGUUACCAUCGAAGAAGAUUGUUAUGUCGGUGCAAACUGCACUAUAUACCCUGGUGUGCGUCUUCGACGAGGUGCCUAUGUCGCGCCAGGCGAGGUGGUGAAAUCAGACAUCGUUGCCUACGGGUUUCAAGGGCUCAAGCCCAGCUACAUGUGA